AGUGUAUGGACUGUAAAGGCAUAUCUGAAUGUUCAUCCUGACCCUUUAAACAAUAUAACAUUUAAAGUUAAGAAACACAAAUGUAAGAUAAAUGGAACUAAGCAUGACCUGAUGCUACUGAAACUGGAGAAUGUUCAUCAGCAAUGGCGCAGUCAGUUACCCACUAUCGGUCUGCCUGCCAACCCGUGCACUGCACCACCUAUAAAUCAGCAAGUGACUAUAUAUGGAUGGAUGGAUGCACGUAUUAUUAAUCAAACAACACACGAGAUGGAGUCUAUAGAUGCAGGUAGGCUUCGAUAUGCAAAACCUAAUGUGAGCAAUUGUGGUCCUUUUAAAAAACGAAUGUGGUGGCAAUAUUACUGGAAAAAAUAUCCUCUAGAUGGUCAUUUUAUUUGCUUCAAUUAUACACACGUUGCUUCCAAUCCGGGUGACUCCGGCGGGAGCCUCGUCUGGAAUGGAACGCUCCAUGGAGUGUUAAGCUGGGGCAUGGAUUAUUUUGAACAGGAUAAUCAGUCAGGCUAUAUGAAUAUCUGCCACCAGGGCUACAGAGACUGGAUCGAUCAUACAAUUACAAAGCCGUGAUUUUAGAGAUCAGUUUGAUCUGCAUGACUGUGUAAAACAAUAAAAGAGAUCUUGAUUCUCCUUAUG